ACUAGCUCCGGCAACGGAGCUUCGGCUGCCAGAGCAGAAAGAGUUCGAUGGCAAGUGUUUCCCCUUGCUGUCUCUCCUGGGAAUAAUUCUCUCGAUCCAGCAUUUACGGAUAUUGCGUCACUGGUGGAGUGGGUGAGAAACCAGAGAGAAACAUUCGACAGUCUUCUGCUGGAAUAUGGCGCCAUCUUCUUCCGAGGAUUUCCAAUUAACGAUCCAAGCGACUUUGAUGCGUUUGUUAAGGCUUUCGGUGGCGAAGCUUUGGAGUAUGUGGGAGGGGCGGCCCCCAGGACACACGUGGUUGGUGACGUGUUUACAGCUAAUGAGGCUCCACCCGACAAACUGAUCCCCUUCCACCACGAAAUGGCGCAGGUGCCGACCUUCCCAAGUCGGCUUUUCUUCUAUUGUGACGUGGCGCCGCCUAGCGGGGGACAGACGCCACUGGCGCUCUCUCCUGUCGUCCACAGUCGCAUGGAGGCCCGUCACCCUGCUUUCGUCGCUCGUCUGGAGCAGGAAGGGGUCAGGUACAUCCGGGUCCUCCCCGACGGUGAUGACCCUUCGUCCGCUAUAGGUCGUGGCUGGCAGUCCACUUUCCAGACACAGAACAAGGAAGAGGCAGAGGCCAAGGCCGUGAAGCAGGGGACGAAGAUUGAGUGGCUGCCUGACGGGUGCCUGAAGACCACAACAACCCUACUUCCGGCUGUGCGCGUGGACCAGCGGACCGGCCUGAAGACGUGGUUCAAUUCCAUCAUCGCCGCCUACCAAGGUUGGCAAGACGCGCGCAACUGCGCCCGCAAGGCCGUCGUCUUCGACGAUGGAACACCCAUGCCGGAGGACGUCAUGAAGGACCUGGACGAUGUCUUCAAGAACGUUGCCGUCGCCGUGACAUGGCGGAAAGGAGACGUCAUGGUGGUGGACAACCGGCUGGCGUUGCACUCUCGGAAUGUCUUCACGCCCCCUCGACGAAUUCUGGCUUCGCUCGUCAAGUGAGGACUACGUUCGACGAUCCCAGAGUGGUCCAACUGACCUGCAAGCGAGAAGAUGGGGAACAAGCACUUACACUUUAAACAGUGUCGAGAAAAUGGGCCUGACAGAUACCAGCUAGCAAUACUCACUAGCUGAGGAAAGUUUGCAGAGUUUAUUCAGUUUUAAGAAUUUUUCUUUUCUUCCUCACUUAAGAUUGAAUAGUAGAAAUGCCAAAGAUGGGGAAAAUAUUUCAGAAUUGAGUUUUUACUAGAUAUGUUUCAUUCGAGAAAAUAAACAAGUCUGAAGAACA